GUAUUUGCCGAUGGCGUGAUCAGUUGGUCCCGGAUUGUGGUCCUGUUCAUGUUUGCUGUCAAGGUGGUAUUCCACGCUCUGGCUCGCAAUCUGGGCGGCCUUGCGGGCGAUGUGAUUCGAUUUGUGAUCAAAUUCAUUUUUAUUCAGGGUAUUCACAAAUGGAUCCAAUCCCGUGGUGGAUGGGUAAGCCUAAUUGUCCCAACCCCAAUUGGACCCGAUGUUUGAAACUUUGUCUGCGGUAG